GGUCCCGGCUGAGGUGUUUCUAGGGCCAGACAGGAAAAAGGAAGGAAACCUAUGCUGGUGGCAGUUUAGAAAUCGCCUGUUCCUCAAUAGUCUGCAGCAAGCCUGUGAGCUGUCUCUUUAAUCAUCGACUCCGCCCCUCUAAUAGUGGACUGUACCACAUUGAGGGGUGUCUAAUCCCUCAGGCUCCUGAAACUGGGAAAGGGGAGGUGACAAUCUUAGCGUGUUCCCCCCUCCGCCCCACCGAGAGUGGAAGCGAAUGUGCGGCCAGAAGAGUUCUCUUUAUGUGAAUGAAAGGCCCGGGACUGGGCACAAGUGGAGUGACACUAUGUCUGUGCGCAAGGGACGCGGCUGCCGGGGCUGAUAGAACACAAUGCGGUGACCCUAAACCCAGGGGGGCCCCAGGUGAGGGAGACUGACAGACUGCUGGCAGCGGGUCUCUCCUUGGCCUCUGUCCCCUAUUUCAGGAUGCCUUGCUGCCUUUCCUUUCUGCCUGCCUUUCUGUGGCUUCUCCUCGGAGCUACAGCCAAUGCGAAGUUAAGUGAUAGCUGGAUGAACAAACCUACCUUCAGGCCUGUUUUUACUCGCCGCCCUUUCAUUAUUGCUUGGAAUGCUCCCACACAAGAUUGCCCACCACGGUUUAAUGUGCAUUUGGACCUAAAACUCUUUGACCUUAAUGCUUCACCUAAUGAAGGCUUUGUUGACCAAAAUCUCACAAUCUUCUACAAGGAACGCCUAGGCAUGUACCCAUACUACGAUGAGCAUGGGGCACCGGUGUCUGGAGGUUUACCCCAGAAUGCCAGUCUACGUGCACACUUAGAUAAGCUGCCAGACGGCAUCCAAAAAUAUAUACGUUCUCGGGACAAGGAUGGGCUGGCGGUAAUUGACUGGGAGGAGUGGCGCCCUAUAUGGGUGCGAAACUGGCAGAACAAGAAUGUGUACCGUAAUAAUUCACGCAACUUGGUGGCCUCUCGGCAUCCAUCAUGGCCACGUGAACAGGUGGAAAAAGAGGCACUUUAUGAUUUUGAGAAUGCUGCUCGUGAGUUCAUGAUGGAAACCCUGCGUCAUGCAAAGAACUACCGCCCACGUCAGUUGUGGGGCUUUUAUCUCUUUCCAGACUGCUAUAACCACGAUUACAAUAAAAACCGUGACAGCUACACAGGGCACUGCCCAGAUGUCGAAAUAUCACGAAAUGAUCAGUUAUCUUGGCUCUGGGAAGAGAGCACAGCACUUUAUCCCUCUAUUUACUUGGACCAGAUACUAGCGUCUUCCGAGAAUGGGCGCAAGUUUGUGCGUUCCCGUGUGAGAGAAGCCAUGAGGAUCUCCUAUAGGCACCACAAAGACUACUCCCUCCCUGUUUUUGUGUAUACAAGACCGACAUACAUACGCAAGCUUGAUUUCUUGAGCCAGAUGGAUCUAAUUUCUACAAUUGGAGAAAGUGCAGCACAAGGUGCAGCAGGAGUGAUAUUUUGGGGGGAUGCAGAAUACACAAAGAGUAAGGAAACCUGCCAAAUGAUUAAGAGGUACCUGGAGGAAGAUUUGGGCCGCUACAUUGUGAAUGUGACCACAGCGACGGAGCUUUGCAGCCAGUCCCUCUGUAAUGGAAAUGGCCGCUGCCUACGGCAAGACAAUAUCACUGAUGCCUUUCUUCACCUUAACUCGGCCAACUUCCAAAUUGUGAGUGCCCCUAAAGAUUCCCAGGGACCUUCCUUGCGUGCUGAAGGGAAGUUGUCUGCAGAGGACAUUGCUGUUCUACGUUCACAGUUCCGUUGCCAGUGUUAUGUGGACUGGUAUGGAGACUCGUGCGGCAUUCAGAGGAGAACAAAUGGCGGUGCAGUAGCGACAGGCCCAUGUGGAAUUGUGCUGCUGGUAUCUUUAGUGGCACUCAUAUUCACACUGCUCUGAAAGGGGCGAGCAGCAUUUUUAUUUUUAAUCUGGACAUUUGUAAACACUAAAAGGGACACGGUCAAUUGAGGCCCAUCAUGGGAGAGCCAACCAGUCUCUGAAAAGAUUGCGGCUGCUGCACAAAGUGGGCCGUAUGACCUCUAUUUAUAAAAUUUCUUUCUUUCCAUCUUGUUUGAGAUGGCAUAGAACAUUCCUACCUCUAGGACUUAUUGCUGACCCCAGCACCUCUCAGGCCAUACAGCAGAGGAAGCAAGGGUAUAAUGGCUGAUGGGUCUAGCAAAUACAGAAAUGGGGUUGAUAACUGAGCCUUGAGCAGCUAGGACUAUGCAAUAUCCUUUACAGUCGUGUGAAGGUCAGGCAGUGCCGUAACCUCCUUGCUGCCAAAAUGUAAUUGGCUGUGCAGUUCCUCACAUGAUAUAGACCACUGAACAACAAAGAGGCAAGCAAGGAGUUAAGGGUAGUCAUCCACUGUUGCUGAAAUACAAACAAAGGCUUAUGGUUGGUGUUGGGAGUUGUAGUCCAAUAACUGUUGGAGAUGUCUGCAGUAAGGCAUUCAGGGAUCACAUUACCUGCCAAUUACCAAUGUGCCUUCCUCUACAAUCACCCAAUAGCUGCAGCAUUGAAUAGAUAGCAUGGUGCCUUUGAAUAGAUUUAUUAUGCCUAUUCCUGGGAAAAAACCUCACUGCCUUUUUAUAUCAGUGUAUGUUUGAUUAAAUCCGGUAUGAAUGAUAUGGGCUUUUCUGCCCACAUUCCUCUCAAUCCGGAGCAAAAUCUUUCUUUGCAAUCCACUCCCUAAUGCCCUCCCCAGCCAGGUCUCUGCUAGACAUAACAACAGUAACUCAAGAGGACAGGAGAAGGGGUACAAUAAAGUAAUGGAAAGACAAAA